CAUUUCCGGCUGGAACACGUUAUCUCACUGCACGUGACGGAGUAUUGCCUCAACAUCUGCUUCCAACGUCACAAACGACUUUGUUAAUUUCCUUCUGGCGCGUUGGCGUUCUCAGCUAGUGGGGUGCUAAGUUAACCGUCGUGUGUUUCGUCUCAGCUAACUAAUAGCACUUUGAUACAGAGAUCGCGCGGGUCCGCGAUCCAUCCUCCAUCACCCGAUUCAACGGAACGCCACGGGCUGGAAGCAGAAUAACGCCCAUCUCCAUCUUCCAUCUCGGUGCGCAUUGGAUGUAGUUGCGCAAUGCGAAGUUUAUCUGUUACGAGCAUCAUGAUCCCAAAGGAACAAUCCAUGACCGAUUCUGAGACCAAUGGAGAAUCGAACUAGGCUGCGCAAGGCCUGUGACGCCUGUAGCAUCCGCAAAGUGAAAUGCGAUGAGAGCGGGCCUCCAUGUCGAUCAUGUGCAGCAUUGGAUAUCCCUUGCACGUAUGUCAGGCCCAGCAGACGUCGAGGUCCGCCUAACAGGCACGCGGAGGCUCUAAAGAAGCAAAAUCUUGGGCCAGCGACACCGUUUAACCCUCUUGAUAAUACGAACCCAAUUCCUCAGGAGAGUGGAGUUCCGCCGACUAAGAAUCUCCCGUUUACGCCGGCAGCCGCUUCAGCAGAAGCCAUCUGCUCCAUGCAUACAUUGCGACUUCUUGUCGAUGACUAUUUUACUUAUAUACAUCCUUUAAUUCCAGUUCCUCAUGAACCUACAUUUCGGGCUGCAUUUGAUCGAAGAGAAGAUGUCACCAACAAGACGUUUCUGGCAUUACUGGCCUCCAUGGUAGGCACGUUGGUCGCAUCAUUCCCUCGCAGACCCAAGCUCCAUCUCGCAACAGAGAUCGAAAAGAAUGAUUUUCCAAAUUCGACGGCGUUGGUGAAAAGAUGCCAUGACGUUGCUAUCCAGGCCCGUGGACCCGGCUAUCUGGAUAAAAGUGCAACUGUCUAUGAUGCAGCUAUCAGCUAUUUUCUCGGCCUGUGCGCGGGCUAUGUCUACGACAUGCAUCAGUCCCGGAUUUAUCUGGCCGAAUGCAGUACGAUAUUACGGGUAUACGACUUAUUCAAGCGUCCACUCAGUGCCGCACCUUUGAGCCCAAUGUCUGGUUCUUCUCAUCCGUCGCCGGACUCAUUUAUCGGGAUUCCAGAUGAACCAGUGGACAUGAUCCAACAAGAGCUAGGUCGGCGAUUGUUCUAUGUAUCGCUAGUCAGUCACCAGACGCUGCACCAACUUGGAUCUUCUGAUGGGCGAAUAUAUGUCCCUCCCGAGACUCCCACUGAUCGAUAUCCGCCUUUACCCCUCGAGAUUGACGAUGAAUAUAUCUUCCCCACACACGUCGAAUCGCAGCCUCCGGGAGUUGUGUCGCAACUUACCGGAUUCAAUAUCAACGUCAGAGUUUUCAGUUCUUAUAACUCGCUCUCCGCUCUGGAAGUCGCAUUCGGAAAUGGUCAAGUCUUUGACUGGGAGCGCCAGCGAAAGACCAUCUGGGAAUGCUUGCAGAAUGCAAAAGCUGCUGUGGUAAAUGUGCCACAGGAGCUGGCACUCCGUCAAGACCGCAGUGACGCUGCUAUUGAUGCCUGGCAUAAAUCAGAGGAUCUGCAUAUACCAGCCGACGAACGGGCCAAGUCGCGGUAUGCGGUCCAGUAUGAAAUUCAGAAAGCAAACAUAUACGCCAGUCAACUGAGCACCCGCUCUUACCUUGUUGAAAAAUAUUGGAGUCUCUACGCGGUUUACAGGUCGAUGCAAAAGGCAACAACCCCUGAGAAGCAAUCGCCUGACUCGGCCGCGCAAGCGGUUAAGUUGGAGGGCGGGGGACCCGAUGUACAUGCAGAAGAUGCACAUGUCCGGACCGAUUACAUAGGUAAGAUGAUGGCCGAGGAGCGAGCGCUUGUCAUAAAAGACCUCUUGGCUUUACUGAGGACUGUGAAUGAGGUGAACAUGGAACCAAACGGUGCCAGUUUCACUCACAAAGUCCGCCAAGUUGCCUCGACCCUUCUCAAUCUACCUCAAGUCUCCGCAGAUGCAGAGGCCGGCACAACCCCCGAAGCCGCCACACCAGGCCCGCAGCCUCUCACCACCAAAGAAGCGGAGACCUAUCUCCAAGCCUUCAUCGACACUCUAAUGCGCCUCGAACGUCUCGGUCCCGGAACCGUAACCACACCUGAAACUCCUAGUCCCGCUAGCGGAGCAAGUCUCUACGCCGGAGACAAAGCCAUGAGCUACGUUAGCGACCAUGACCGCGAAGAAGAGGACCUUCGCCAAUGGGCUAGCCUGAAGGAGUAUCAGAAGAAGUUUGCAGAAGCGGGAGGUGUGCUUUCUGCGUUAUAAGACCUUUUGUCUUCUUUUAUAUAU